AUGGCGUCGAUCCCCUCCUUGCCCGCCACGUUGUCUCCCGCCCUGACCGGCCGCGACGCCAUUGCUGACGUUCUCUAUCGUCUCGUGCUGGGGCUGGACACCAAUAACAAGGAACUCUUUGACUCAGCUUUCGUUCCCAACUCCACCUUUGCAAUUAAUGGCCGGGUCUCCGAAGGCCUACCAGCUAUCCACACCGACUGCUUCGAGCCAAUCAGCAAGCUGGACACCACCCACUUUAUCACCAAUGUCCGAACCACCAUCGACGAGAGCGGCUCCAAGGCAGCCGUGACCGCCUCGGCUCUCGCCCAGCACUMCCGSGGUGGGAARGGGCUSGAGCCAAGCCAGACGCGUCUGUUGGCGGGAAGCCUGUACUAUGCAGAUCUAGUCAAGGAUGAGACUAGUGGUUUGUGGAAGGUCAAGGACUUUAAGAUGCAGUCGUCCUGGGCGGAGGGUGACUGGGGUGUGUUGACUGGAAACUAG